AUGAAGCCACAUCAAUCAUACAGAGAGUGGGUAGCCGAUCUCCGCGGAUUGGCAAGAGAGUGUAACUUUUCGUGCUCAGCCCAGAAUUGUUUGCACAAUUUCGUGGAUGAUAUGAUUCGUGACCAAAUUAUUAUACGUACACCGCACGAUGCUGUGCGCACCGCUGCGUUCCAAAAGCCCCACCCAACACUUGCUGAUGUUUUACAGAUUGCAGAAUUGUACGAAACAACCACUAAAACGGUGGCAACAAUUAAAGAACAAACGAUCGAAAACUCAAUGCCUGUUAAUUCAGUUGUAAAAUUCAAAUCAUGUUCUGGCUGUGGAAACUCUCAUGCAAGAGAAAACUGUAAAUUUAGAAAUGCUGUAUGCAAUAGAUGUAGCAAAAUUGGACAUAUUGCGCCAGUGUGCAUGUCAAAACAAAACAAGAACAACAAACGUAAUUCAGGUGAUGAAAACAAGAAGAAAGAUUACCGUCGUAAAAGUCACAACAUUGGUACUGUUGAAACAAUUAACAGUUUAACAGGUAUUGUAAAAACUGAAAGCAAUAAGAAUUACAUUGACUUGGAAAUUUGUAAUAAAAUUGUGUCUUUCCAAAUGGAUUCUGGUGCAACAGUUUCUCUAAUAAAUAAGCGAACAUUCAAAACUCUAAAUUGCCCAAAGUUGCGAAAUUGUACAAAAACCUUAUUUGGUUUUGGCAAAAAUGAAAUUCCAGUGCUUGGUGAACUUUGCGUAGAUAUCAAAUGUGGCGGAAAAGAAAGGGAAGUGGUAAUCGUUGUCGUGGAUGUCGAAAACUGUAACAAUUUAUUCGGUUUCGAUUUAUUCAAAGAAUUCGGGUUUGAGAUUCAGCAAAUUUGUAACAUUACUGAAAGUGAAUCACACAGAAUUAGCGAGCUGUGUAAGAAAUAUGGUGAUAUUUUUGAACCAGCUCUUGGCACAAUAAAAAACUUUAAGAAAGAAGUCGAUCGAUUGACAAAUGCGGGUAUUUGGAAACCUGUGAAGUUUUCCCAAUGGGCUUCGCCUAUUGUACUAGCGCCAAAAGCUGAUGGUUCCAUAAGAAUUUGUGAGGAUUUUAAACAAGCAGUCAAUGCGCAAAUUGACAUUGAACAAUAUCCUUUGCCCAUACGCGAAAGUCUUUUCCAUAAAAUUAAUUGCGGUCAACAUUUUACAAAAAUCGACCUUAAGGACGCGUAUUUACAAAUGGAACUCGACGAUGAAGCAAAAACAAUAAUGGUUGUCAACACUCCACUUGGGUUAUUCCAAUACCAACGUUUACCGUUUGGAAUUGCAAGCGCUCCAGCUAUAUUCCAAAGAUAUCUUGAGCAGUUACUUCAAGGCGUAGAAGGUUGCGGAAAUUAUCUCGAUGACAUCAUCAUCUCCGCACCUACAUUCCAACAACACAUCAGCCGCCUAGAACAAUGUGAGUCCCCAAUUUAG